AGCAAAUGUUCUCUAAAACUAUCUGGCUCAUACACUCUGUAAAGACGACCUAUUACAGUCGGCAUUAAAACCUUGUCGUUCAUUUUAGUAAUUUGUAAAGUGAUUUUAAGUUAUGCACGAUACAUUUUUUGGAUUAGCUGUCUAAAUAACGACAAUGAAUUCGUUCGUAUUCAGAAUCAGUAGGUCGACCAACCGUGUGGAGCACAUAUUAAAACAUGUGCAUGUCAGAUUGCCACUACAGACAUCAGCUUUACAGACACAGAGUCCUGUUUUGCAAGCAAAUCGAUGUCCUGGAUACCAGUGGAUAUUUAAUCACAAUCAAUUUCUUCAUACUGGAGCGCAGUUUAGAAAGGACGACAGACAGAAGGGCACUGAUCGCAUGUCAGUUUCCAGAAGUUCGUCCACACCCCCAAGCCCUUCUGCAGCUCAGAAAGUCAAACAGGCAGGCAGAGAUUUCACCUAUUUGAUUGUGGUGCUUAUCGGACUAGGAGUUACAGGAGGAUUGCUGUAUGUGGUCUUUCAAGAGCUCUUUUCAUCAUCAAGCCCAAGCAAAGUCUAUGGAAAAGCUUUUGAGAAGUGCAGAUCGCAUCCAGAGAUAAUUGGAGCUUUCGGCGAGCCCAUCAAAGGUUUUGGGGAGACCAGUCGGCGUGGCAGAAGACAACAAGUGAGUCAUGUUGAGUACAUGAAGGAUGGACUCAAGCACAUGCGGCUGAAAUUUUAUAUUGAGGGAUCUGAGCCUGGUUUACGGGGAACUGUUCAUUCAGAAUCAAAAGAGAAUCCUGAAACGGGGAAGUAUGAAUUCCGGUAUAUUUUUGUAGAUAUAGACACAUAUCCAAGAAGGACAAUCGUCAUUGAAGACAACAGAUACGAUUAAUUUGAUAAGUGUUAUUGGGACGUAUUGGGAUUUUAAUAGCAGACAUUUGAACUUGCAGUACAAAAAUGUGAAAAUUGUAUAUGUCUGGAUUAAUUAGAAUCUGAAUUAAUCAAGAUUGGAUUUGUCAUGCUUGUAUAUUGUUGCUUUGAACAUCACAUGAUUAUAUAGAGUAAUCUGUGAAGGAAACUAAUUACCAUCUAUACUUUCAAACAUGGCGGUGCUACGGAACAUCUUGUAUGUUUGUGUAUUAGUGUUCCAGAACCUGUUAAUUUCUGAAAAAAAUAAAAAAGUUA